GUGCGUGUCGUCUAAAACACGCAAAGAGAAAGAUAUAACAGAAGAAGAAUUUUGUGCAGAGAGCUCCGGGUAUUAACCAAAAGACAGAAAAGAUGGCGGGUGGUGGAAAGGUCUCCUUCAAAGUGACGCUCACUUCGGAUCCAAAGCUCCCCUUCAAAGUGUUUAGCGUUCCAGAGGCAGCCCCUUUCACCGCUGUUCUCAAAUUCGCCGCUGAAGAAUUCAAAGUACCUCCCCAGACCAGCGCUAUUAUCACCAACGAUGGUGUUGGAAUCAAUCCUCAGCAAAGUGCAGGUAAUGUCUUCCUUAAACAUGGUUCUGAGCUUCGCCUAAUUCCCCGUGAUAGAGUUGGAGCUUCUGGGAUGUUCAAAGCUGUGUUAUUGUUAGAAUGAAAUUGAUCUGCCUUCUCUGGUUAAGGGUUGGUCUUUUCAUAUUCUGUACUUUCUAAAGUUUGGACCAUUUUCAAACUUUCCUGAAAAGCUUCUGUGUAAUCGAUAGCAUAAACUCCACAAAAUUUAGAUAUUCUAUAAUAGAUGAGUUUAUAAAUUAUGCCAUAAUUAUUAUGGUGGAGGAAUAUAAAAGCGUAACUAUUUUCAGUGAUAA